AUGAUGGAUGGGGUGUGCAUAACUGUGUUCAUGGUGAGGAUGCUGGAGUGGCCUGUUCAGCUGUGCCACUGCAGGCAGAGGCCAAAGGUGGAGGCGGAGAUGGAACAGCAACAGUGCGGCAUGGUGCAACUGUGGGAUUUCCAGGCUGCCAACACUCUCUGCCAGCAGCUGGACUGUGGAGAUGCUCUAUUGAUCCCAGAAGCAGAGCUCUUUGGGAUAGGCGAUGGACCUGUCUGGAAUGGCACCUUUGGCUGUGAAAGGGAUGAAUCUAACAGGAGGGACUGUUUUGUGACUGCACUGGGUGCUGCGGAGUGUCCUCAUGGGAGUGCAGCCAGAGUGGUGUGUUCAGGGUGCCCACGUGGCAGGUUAGUGAAUGGCACUGAGUGCUCUGGGAGAGUGGAGAUCCAAUACGGAGUCACAUGGGGAACACUCUGUGGUUCCCAGUGGGAUCUGCAAGCUGCCCAUGUCCUGUGCCGUCAGCUGAAGUGUGGCUAUGCCAAGUCAAUACCAAGAGGAGCCCAAUUUGGAGAAGCGUAUGGAAUGGUAUGGAGAGACAUAUUUUACUGUGAAGGAACUGAAUCCUGCCUGUGGAACUGUUCUCAUAUUGUACUGGGCAAUCCCUCCUGUUCCUCGAGAGAAACGGCCAGCGUUAUCUGUUCAGGUCCCUGGGAAGGUACCAGAAGUCUCCAGGUAUUGGACUCACCAACCCAGAGGUCUCCAUCGUCACCUCACUUCAGCUUCCCAGGUGACUUUGCAUCCCUCAGGCUGUUGAAUGGUGAGAACCAGUGUGAUGGGCGAGUUGAGAUUUUUCUUGAUGGCACGUGGGUCAGAGUCCUGGAUGACGAGUGGAACAUGAAUGAUGCCAAUGUGGUGUGCAGGCAGCUCCAAUGCGGUAUUGCUGAGAAGGCCUAUAAUCCUUCAAAAUCUGAGCGAGGGACAGGCCCCGUAUGGCUGAGAAGUAUCCGCUGCUCCGGAUAUGAGUCUUGUCUGACACACUGCAACGUUUCCGUGUUUGAGACAGCACAGGCAGGAAUUGCUGAGGAUGUCGGUGUCAUUUGCUCAGGAAGCAGACGGAUCAGACUGGUGAAUGGGGCAGGUCGCUGUGCUGGAAGAGUAGAGAUUUAUUACAGGGGCACCUGGGGGACUGUCUGUGAUGAUUCCUGGGAUCUACUGGACUCCAAUGUGGUUUGCAAACAGUUGAGAUGUGGAUAUGCUAUCAAGGCAGCUGCCUCUACUCUUUAUGGGGAAGGUUCAGGGAAGAUCUGGCUGGAUGAUGUGAACUGCUCUGGAAAUGAAUCCAAGCUCUGGGAAUGCCCUUCCAGGGGCUGGGGGCAGCAUGACUGCAGACACAAGGAGGAUGUAGGAGUGCUCUGCUCAGAUUUCGUAAGUCUGAGGCUGGUGAAUGGUGGUGGCUGUGCUGGGAGGCUGGAGGUUUUUUACAAUGGGACAUGGGGAAGUGUUUGCUCCAAUCAGAUGACUCAAGUCACUGCAACAAUUGUAUGCAAACAGCUGAGCUGUGGAGAUGAAGGAGAAAUUGCAACAGACUUUGCAUACGGACAGGGUUCUGGCCUCACAUGGCUGGACCACAUUGAGUGUCAUGAACAUCACAGCUCCCUUUGGCAGUGCCCAUCAGAGCCAUGGAACCCAAAGUCAUGUGAUAACAGAGCAGAAGAGACCCAUAUUACCUGCACCGGAAGAAAAGAGAACUCAACUCAGGCCCCAUUUUCCAAGUGUCUGAACUCCACAAGCUGCACAGACAAGGAGAAGCUCCGUGUUGUGGAAGGAAAGGAUGGAUGCUCGGGGAGAGUGGAGGUUUCGCACCGCAGCUCCUGGGGAACGGUGUGUGAUGAUUCCUGGGACAUGGCGGAUGCCAAUGUUGUGUGCAAACAACUGGGCUGUGGAGCUGCUGUGUCUGCCCUGGGCGAGGCUGCAUAUGGAGAGGGGACUGGUCCCAUCUGGCUGGACAAAGUGAACUGCAAGGGGACAGAGUCGUCUCUCUGGGACUGUUGUGCCGAGCCCUGGGGUGAUAGUAAGUGUCACCAUAAGGACGAUGCUGCUGUGAUCUGCACUGGUGUGACAGAGAUGCCUACACCACCAGUUAAAACAGGUCCUUCCAACCACCAACCUCCAACAGAGGGCAGGGGAAACAUGGUUCCCAUUGUCAUCUGCAUUGUCCUGGGGGCCCUCUUGUGCCUGGUCUUGAUCGUUCUGGGAGGACAGUUACAAAGUAGCAGGGCCCUGAGCAGAGGCUCCAAAGGACCCUUAGACCCCUUCUCUGAGGCUGUGUAUGAGGAGAUUGAUUAUAAUCUGAGGGAGAAACAAGAAAUGUUUGGUUACUCAGAGGAUUCACUGAUGAAGCUGUACUAUUAUACUGGAGACAGUGAGGAGGGAAAUGAGCCUGGAUCAGCACAAGAAGCCUCUGCUUUUCCUGGAGAUAGUUAUGAUGAUGCAAGAGAAGUUUUUGACCCUGAAAAUGAUUCUGUUUCUGCACAGAGUGACCAGAAAGUCAGUGGACUAGCAAAGAAUAGUUGCAAGAAGAGAGACUCAUGGACAGGUUGGAGUCUGCUCUCGCUAAAAAGUGAAGGAGCCUCUGGUGCUGAGAAAAAUGACUCAUCCCUGCCUCCUGGAGAUGUAGGAUAUGACGAUGUUGAAGACAACAUCACUGCAACAUCACUAUAG